CAACGUUUGUCCUACAAAAAAUAACCCGACCCGGUUCGAUAAACCGCCCUCACCACAAAUUCGGGUAACCCGUCACGUGGUCGUGUGUCUGGCAGAAGAAGCUCCAUCAUUUUACCCAACCCAUUUCUGGAAGCAGCAGAAAGAAAAUUCAAACCGAAAAUAAUUUUAAUCCUCCGAAAAAUCAAAGCCAGGCGAUCACUAUUCCAAUCGAUUCUGCGCAAUCGGUAAAUUGCAUGUUUGAAGGGUGAGUUGGAAGGUAUGACGACGUCGUCUCGUUCACUGAUUCAUCGCCUCACGCCCUACGUUUUUGCUCGACUCCGGCAGAAUUCUAGGCUUCUGAGCUCAUCCUCCGCCCUCCACGAAGCUCAUUUAUCCUCGCCGGAAUCUCCAUCUUCGUCGACCGAGACCGUGAAUAUGACCGACGGCUGCAUUCGAAGAAUGAAAGAGUUGCAAGCUGAUGAUCCUAGUAAAAAGUUGCUGCGCUUAAGCAUAGAAGCUGGCGGUUGCUCUGGGUUUCAAUAUAACUUUUCACUUGAGGAUAAAACCAAUAAUGACGACAGGAUUUUUGAGAAGGAUGGGGUUAAACUGGUGGUUGAUAAUAUUUCCUUUGACUUCGUGAAAGGUGCAACUAUUGAUUAUGUAGAGGAGCUUAUUCGUUCUGCCUUUCAGGUGUCUACAAAUCCAAGUGCAGUGGGUGGCUGUAGCUGUAAAAGUUCGUUUAUGGUGAAGUAGUAUUGUGCUUGUUGCCACACACUCACUCAGCAGUAAGCUGCUUCAGUGGUUUGGUUUUUGCAUGACUGACGAAGAUUCAUUAUUGAUGCUGAUUUUUUGUUGUAUACUAGUGAAGAUUUUUUUUGCCAGUUAGAAUAUGAUGAAAAUAAUAUCAUUCUCAUGUGAGUAAAAAACUUUUGUAGGGUGGUGAAAGAAAAUUGAUAUUUCUAAAUAUUAUGGUGUAUUUAUAUGAAACAUAAAUGGGAAAUCGAUGCUGUUUGGUAGCAUUAGUGUUCAUAAAUAAGUAUCGGAUUUCGUUUCCGUUUUUCCAGAGAAACUUUUUCCCUUAAUUAA